ACCAAAACACUCUCGGCAGCUUGAGGUCUCGCGCGACUUUGCUAGAGCAACGACUCUGGAGAUGCUGCAUCCUUCAUUUAAAUAGACCUGGACGCGCACCUUGGUCGUUCCUCGGCAGAAAUCCUUUUCACAGUGAGCCGAUGGCGCGCAGAAAGUCCAAGAGGAAGCCCCCCCCCAAGAAAAAGAUGACGGGAAACCUGGACACCCAGUUCACCUGCCCGUUCUGCAACCACGAGAAAUCCUGUGACGUCAAAAUGGAGCGAACCCGCAACACGGGGAUCAUUUCCUGCAGCGUCUGUCUGGAGGAGUUCCAGACGCCCAUCACCUAUCUGUCUGAACCGGUGGACGUUUACAGUGACUGGAUUGAUGCUUGUGAAGCAGCCAACCAGUAGUUCAACUGAGCCAAAGUUAGCAUCUGUAGCCCUGUUGGUGUUGUGUAUAGGGAUCUCGCCUUUUUGGUUUUGGUGCAGUGAAGUUUGCAUUUCUCCUGCUUUGGUUCUGAGUGUUUCAGCAGCAGCAGCCGUCCUGUUUCUCCUGCUUUGGGUGUGAGUGUUUCAGCAGACUAAAGCUCUCGGUGGAAAUCUGAAGGAUUUUCUUUAGAAGCUGGGUACCUCUGUCUUAUUUUGGGCUAAUUUCUUUCAUCCAAUCAAUGAGUUUUGACACAAAACUGAUACUUAAAAAAAACAAACUUCUGUUUCUGCAAUAUUGAGUCCUAAAAGUCAUAUUUUUGCCUCUUUUUUUUGUACAGUUGUAAAUGUCGAUCGCCUUUGUGUUUGCUUCAGUACAUCACUAUUUACACUGCAGGUGUUCUCUCCAAAUUAAAAAAAAAAAAAACACAAUGAAAUUUGAAAUUCCUGUGUUUUAUUUU